AUGACAUUUAAAGGAACAAGUGAGUUUAAGGAAGUUGAUACAAGAUAUUCUCUUCAAGAAAGAAAGGACUUAAGAUUGGUAAGGAAUACUGAUGGGCAAGUCAAAGUGAAAUGUAUGAAAAGGAACUGUCCUUUUGUUCUGUAUGCAUCAAAUGAAGGUAACAAGAAGGUGUUUCAAGUAAAGACUUUUGUUGAUGAGGACAACUGUGCAAUUUGCUAUAAGAAUAGAAAGGUGACUGCAAAAUGGCUAGCAAGUAAUUACUUAUACAAGUACAAGUGUAUUGCAACAAUGAAGCUAGUAGAUAUUAAGAAAUUAGUGAAACAGAAUUUGCAUAUUGAGUUGACUUUAACACAACUUAGAAGAGUUAAACUAUUGAUUAUAUUAAAGAUUGAAGGUGAUGUGAAAAAAGAGUUUGGUCCUUUACGGGAUUAUUUAGGAGAAGUUGAAAGAUCUAAUCCUGGAAGUAUAAUUGAGAUGAAAUUUUAUAGACCACUGCCUGAAGACUUUCCUAUUUUUCAGAGGCUUUAUAUAUCAUUUGAUUGUUUGAAAAGGGGACUUUUAGCAGGACGUAGAAGGGUAUUGGGAUUGGAUGGGUGCUUUAUGAAAGGAGUGACUAAAGGUAAGAUUUUGGCAGCUAUUGGGAGGGAUGGGAAUAAUCAAAUGUUCCCAGUUGCUUGGUUUGUAGUAACUAGUGAAUCUUAUGUUACUUGGAAGUGGUUUAUUAAGCUACUCAUCAAAGACUUGGAAAUGGAAGAUGGCGAUAGCUGGACCAUCAUGAUAUAUCAAUAA